AUGCCCGGUUAUGCGAUUUACGACGGCGCCAAAUGCGGUGUUGCUUCACUCGACACCGCCAAACCGUCUUCAAUGACUAGACCCCUGGCGGGAAUCGAGGCAGCGAUAGCCGUUUCUGCUGAUCCCGACGGCGCCAAGCUGCGAGCACCCGUACUCCGUGGGUAUGCCAACGUUGCACAGUGA